AUGCCCCUCCCUGCCUCCCGGCCCCACCCUCCUCAUCCUUUGCUGCUGCUGAUUCUACUACUGGGACUCCCAGGGGUGGGAGGAGAGGAGCUGCAGGUGAUUCAGCCUGACAGGUCAAUGUCAGUCGCCGCAGGAGAAACGGCCAUUCUGCGCUGCACCGUGACCUCCCCAGUCCCCGUGGGGCCCAUCAAUUGGUUCAAGGGGACUGGGCGAGAUAGAGAAUUGAUCUACAGUCAAAAAGUCCACUCCCCCCGGGUAACAAAUAUCUCAGAUGUUACAAAGAGAGACAACCUGGACUUUUCCAUCCGUAUCAGUAACAUCACCCCAGCAGACGCCGGCACCUACUACUGUGUGAAGUUCCGGAGAGCAACUCCUGAAAACGUGGAGUUUAAGUCUGGACCAGGCACCGAGGUGUCUGUGAGUGCCAAACCCUCUGUCCCCGUGGUAUCGGGCCCUACAGCAAGGGCCACAACUAAGCAGACAGUGAACUUCACCUGCGAGUCCCAUGGCUUUUCACCCCGAAACAUCACCCUGAGGUGGUUCAAAAAUGGGAAUGAGCUCUCAGACGUCCAGACCACUGUAGACUCCACAGGAGAAAAGGCCUCCUACCAUGUACACAGCACAGCCAGGGUGACACUGGACCCUGGAGACAUCCACUCUCAGGUCAUCUGUGAGGUGACCCACGUCACCUUGGAGGAGAUCCCUCUCCGUGGGACUGCCAACUUGUCUGAGACCAUCCAAGUUCCACCCACCUUGAAGGUUACCCAACAGCCCAUGACAGCAGGGAACCAGGCCACCUGCCAGGUGGAGAGGUUCUACCCUGGGAAACUGCACCUGACCUGGUUGGAGAACGGAAAUGUGUCCCGAACAGAAAUGACUUCGACCCCCAUAGAGAACAAGGAUGGGACCUACAACUGGACCAGCUGGCUCCUGGUGACCUCCUCUGCCCACAGGGACAGUGUGGUGGUCACCUGCCAGGUGGAGCACAAUGGGCAGGCACCGGUCACCAGAAGCUAUGCCCUGGAGCAGGACUUAGAUGCCACCCUUGAUCUGGCACUGCCUCCUCCUUGGCCCCUCCUGGUAGCCUUCUUCCUGGGCCCCAAGACACUGCUGGUGGUUGGUGUCACUGCUGUCUAUGUCCACAGGAAGCAGAAGACCUGACUGUAUCCGAGCAGAUGGGACUCAGGAAGGGGAGUCAGGACUCCGGAAGAGGAGCUGGGACUUGGAGUGGAGCUGAGCAGGCAGAGCUCCAUCUCAGGGACACAAGUCCCAGGAGAAGACCAGCAGUGGGGACAUAACAGGCUCUCAGGAAUGCUGAGC